AUGAAGGUUGCACUGAAAUGUCUUUAUGAUUCGCAAAAUAUUUCUUACGAAUUCUUAAAUGAGAUGAGAUAUUUUCAUAAUUUUAGUGGCAAUUCCUCUUUCAUUGCUCGAUGUUACGGAAUUACUCGUUGCGAUAAAACUGGCAAUUUUAUAAUGGUCUUUGAGCUUGUUUCUUCUG